AUCAUCACCAUGUUAUUUGGAGGGUAUAAUGGAGUUCCAUGCUCGAACAAUUUGGAAACGGAGGGAGUAAGGCAAUCCAUUGAGGAAGGAUCAACUUCAGGAAACCCCCCAACUUUUACUCCUCUUCGAGAGGCCAAGCCAGUCCGAAAUGAACGUCGAAUGAUACCAAUGCCAGGACCGGGUGGCGGUGGAGUGAAGAAAGGACCACCUGGUGGAUCAUGAAAACCUCAUCAAAUGGAUUUUAAUUUCAAUCAAGUUCAUCAGGAUGAAACGAUUGGUCUAUUGUUUUGUGAAAUUCUCCUCUUUUGAUUUGUUAAAUAGAAAAAGAAGUACAAAGUCUGAAUAAAGUAAAGAUCUGAAGAGAAUUCCCAUUAGUUUAGUAACCCAUCCUUAUCAAAGUAAAAGCCUUCCAAAGACC